GAUUCCAAAUUCCACCGUCAGGUGUCGCUGCUAAACCUCUCCGGUUCCACUGCUAACUUGCUGCUAACAAAAGCUAGCCAGCGCUAGCUCCACCUGUCCGUUUACCUGUUAAGACCUGACCAGAUGCGUCUGUUGCAUCGAGAUCAAACUACUGAAGCCAUUUCCUUCCGUCCGAGUCCAGGAAGCCGCUCCUCAGAAGACGGACCAGAGCUAUGAGCACCCAGUACAGCAUCCUGUUCAAACAGGAGCACGCCCAUGAUGAUGCCAUCUGGACGGCAGCGUGGGGGAAAAGUGAGGCGGACGGCUCAGAGACCAUCAUCACCGGUUCACUAGAUGACAUGGUGAAAGUCUGGAAGUGGUCUGAUGAGAAGCUGGAGUUGCAGUGGACUCUGGAGGGCCACCAGCUGGGUGUGGUGUCAGUGGACAUCAGUCAGAAUGGAGCCAUCGCUGCCUCCAGCUCCCUCGAUGCACACAUCCGUCUCUGGGACCUGGAAUCUGGAAAACAGGUCAAGUCUAUGGAUGCAGGACCAGUUGAUGCGUGGACCGUGGCCUUCUCUCCAGACUCUAAACACAUCGCCACGGGAAGCCACCACGGCAAAGUCAACAUCUUUGGAGUGGAAAGUGGCAAGAAGGAAUACUCUCUGGACACUCGAGGGAAAUUCAUCCUGAGUAUCGCUUAUAGUCCGGACGGGAAGUACUUGGCCAGCGGGGCUAUCGAUGGAAUCAUCAAUAUCUUUGACAUUGCCACGGGGAAGCUGCUCCACACGCUGGAAGGUCACGCCAUGCCCAUCAGGUCCCUCACCUUCUCUCCCGACUCCCAGCUGCUGGCCACUGCGUCGGAUGAUGGAUACAUCAAAAUAUACGACGUGCAACAUGCCAGCCUGGCUGGCACGCUGAGCGGCCAUGGGUCCUGGGUUCUGAAUGUGGCCUUCUCACCAGACAACACACACUUUGUCUCCAGCUCAUCUGAUAAGAGCGUGAAGGUUUGGGACGCCAGCACCAGAACUUGUAUCAACACCUUCUUCGACCAUCAAGACCAGGUCUGGAGUGUAAAGUACAACAGCAACGGCUCAAAGGUUGUCUCGGCCGGUGACGACCGCGCCAUCCACAUCUACGACUGUCCGCUGUGACGAGCAGCAGAGCUCACCGGCACAAGUGGAUCACGGCUGGCUUUGAUCUUUGUGCCUCUGAUGGAUUUUUGUGCAACAAUCUAAUAAAACAGCUGUUUUUGGUU